UUUCAGAUACUGCACUAAGUGGAAGGUUAAGGAAACUUAACUCAAUAUACUUAUUGAAUUAACCCUUCCCACCAUUGCAAGUUGUGUGCAAUAAAAAAGAUAAGUUUAAACAAAAAUUCAACUAAGCUUCAUGAACGUUCCAAAAAGAAUUGGAUUUUGAACACAAUGAACAAAAGCUUGACGGUUACAGUGAUCGCUCGGCCCAAGACAUUGGCACAGCAGAGCUCGUCUUACUUCAAGUGUGAGGCUUGCGGCCGCGUCUACCUCAACCCCAAGUCGCUCGGCUCGCACCAGCUGAACGAGUGUGGCAAGGAGCCCAGGUUCCAGUGUAUGGUCUGUAAGCGACGGUUCCACCAGAAGAACAACAUGGUGCGACAUCUCCGCACAGUACACCGUGACAUUUACACUGCAGAUAUGGCGUAAAACUGUUUUCCAUCAACAGUUAUCUAGCAAGUAACAGUUUUGGGUUAAAUUUGAAGCGAGUUAUGAAGAACAUUUGAAUUAUUAAUGAAUUAGGUCCAGAAAAGCUUAGAAAGUUUAUCUCGAACGAAUUUGGAUUUUGGUUGAAAACAGUUUAUAUAGAUUCAAGUCUGGAAUAAGUUUGGAACUAAUUUCAAUAAAAGAUUCCAGACAUGGUAAUUUCUGGAGCUCAGUGUCAGGAAAAUUGUGUUUGUGGGAACGAGAUUUUGUAAUUUUCAUUGGGAAUACUAAAUACAAGAACAGGACGAAUAAGUUUUAUUUUGAUCUCUUCUCAACAUCCAGACUUAUAAAAUAACAUAGUUUAUAACCUGCAAUGUAAUAAUUGCCAUAAUUUAUAGCAUUUCAUUUCCAAAACAAACUAAAAUAUGGUAUCUGUUAUAUUUUUUAAUGUGAUCUGUUUGUUCCUAUUUAUUACUUUCCAGUCAAAAUAAUAUUUAAUGUUGGUUAAUUUUUAUAGUUUUAAUAAAGAUUUGUA